UGAUAGAUGUGCGCUCCUAUUCUGUACUAUUAGGAUUACCUUGGGCAAUGGCGGUGGGUGCCCGUUUGCAUUUUGAUUCCAGGCAACUGGUGCUCACGCAAACUGGGGGAAAGCCUCAAACUGUUCCCUUGCGAAUUUCCACCCGAACGAUAAAACGAACUCCUAACUCGGCCCAAACAGGGAUGAUUCGAUGCAUUGAUCCCGAUGAGUAUUCUUCCUCGGACAUCGGUAGAGGAAUCGGGGAACAGGAAUACGAAGAAGAACUGCCUAGUGAGGAUGAAUGCAAGCACCUGCUCGAACUUUUCGAACACGAAAUUCCCGAAGAAUUUCGAGUGUACCCCGACACUGCCCGAAGCUUCCACGUAGAUUUAGGAGACAGCGCGCUCGCGCCUCCGAAAACCCAGGUCAGUCCUUCAGUCCUCCUCGGGGAAACCAUAUUACAAGUAUCUGACCUGGCCGAUGAUUUGGAAGCCCCUCGUACCUUGUACGAGGAAGCACUUUCCUUACGAACACGUUAUCAACAAACGGAACAGUAUUUAGACGUUUCUGUUUUCCCGCCCAGAUCGUUACUAACGACAGGGGCGACCAUCGCUUUGAUUAAACAGGAAGCAGAAGCGCCAGUAGAUGACGUGCCUGAUCUAAUGCAGGAGAUGACGGACCUAAUAGGACUGACUGUGGAACAAACUUCAGCCGGUUCAGAAACUGACGCCGAAACUAAAGAAACCGAAACAAUCACCGGCAGCCCCGCCGAAUCACAGAUGUUUGCGACUGUUUUCUCUGUUCGCACCAGUAGUUCCGUCUUUUCGAGUGUCUACGAUCAACGGGAGCGGCCGGUUGAUUGGAUCGACAUACCCCUUCAAAUUUAUGAGGAAUCGACAAUCGCCCUGCCGAACCACGUCCCGACGGAAUUCCGGAAAUCAUUAAUCUGUGUUUUGAAUGGCUACGCGGAGGUAUUAAGUAUACUUGAUAACGAUAUUGGCCUGACUAACGUGAUCGAGCAUGCCAUCCUCACGGGAGAUCAUCCGCCCAUCAGCUGCGUUCCUUAUCGAUACUCACCUGCUCAAAGAGCGGCCGCUUUUCAGCGGAUCAAAGAGUUCAAAGUUAAUGGAUGGAUCGAACCCGCUAUAGGUCCGUGGUCUUUCCCUGUAGUAAUCGUACCAAAAAAGGUCGGAGGGAUUCGCAUUUGCAUCGACUACCGAAAAGUGAAUGAUAUCACGAUCAAAGAUGUAUACCCGCUCCCCCGGAUUGAUGAGCUGCUGAAUGCGAUUGGGAGUGCUCGAUUUUUCAGUAAGUUUGAUGUUCGGCAUGGAUUCCAUCAUCUCCUUGUCCGAAAGGAAGAUCGUCCGAAAAUUGCCUUUGUGCUUUUCGAAGGAACGUGGCAAUGGAUUCGGUGUCCGAUGGGUAUCUGCAAUGCCCCCGCAACCUUUCAGCGAGCCAUGAACAUGGCUUUUCAUAAUUUCGUGCGGAAGACUCGUUUGGCGCAGGGCAUCAUCAACUACUGCGUGAUUGUGUACAUGGAUGACAUCCUGGUGUAUUCAAGUUCUUACGAGGGACACGUGCAGCACAUCGAAUGGGCCCUACAUGCAUUACGAGAUACUGGCUUCAAGGUGGCGCUUAAGAAGUGCCAGUUUUUCCUUACCACCAUUUCCUUCUUAGGACACGUGGUAACAGACAAGGGGCUCCAAUUGGAGCCGCAGAAGGUGGCAGUUGUCAGAGAUGCGCCGGUGCCUACGACUAUCACGCAAGUUCGCACCUUUUUGGGCGUGGCCUCGUACUACCAAAGAUUUAUCAAGGGCUUCGCGACGAUUGCGGGACCCCUCACAAAUCUACUGCGCAAAGAUCAGUCGUUCAUCUGGACAUCGGAGUGUGAUCAGGCGUUUUCGAAACUCAAGGUUGCGCUCAUCUCGGCCCCGGUCCGUAUAAGGCCGGAUCCCGAAAAGCCUUUUGUUCUCAUUAUUGACUGGCAGCCAGAGGCAAUUUCGGCGAUCCUGGCACAGGUGGGACCAGGUGGGCUCGAGAACGUGGUGGAGUAUGCGUCCAAAUCGGUGCCCGCCUGCAAGUGCAACUACGCCGCUCCGACAGGAGAAUGCUACGCAGCUCUCUGGGGAAUCAGUCACUUUCGCGCUUACCUGUACGGGCGGAAGUUCACCUUGGUAACCGAUCAUGAGCCCCUGUUGGCUCUGAAGAAAUCGAAGGAUUACUCUGGCAUGAUCGGGCGAUGGGCAACGGUGCUGCAGAGCAUGGACUUUGACAUUCGUCAUCGAAAGCACGAGAGACACGGGAAUGCGGACGGACUGACACGACUGCACCGGCCUGAGAAAGUUCCGAAGAGUGAGGAGGUGAUUCCGUGGAACGAACCCAAACAGGAGGUUCGACCUCGGUACUGUCAAGUGGAGGUCUUGUCGAAGCAGUAAGUGACACGAGGACCAAUUUGUCUGUUCUACCCUCUCCGCAAUUCAGUCCCAUCUCUCCUCCUUUGUCAUCAUGACUACCCCACCUGUCUCCGUAACCCCUUCUUCUCAUACUAAUUCUGCCCCUCUCACUUCCUUAGCUUUCUUUGCCACCCUCCCCGAUAAAUUCUGCUAUUUUUG